AUACAUAAAGCCGGUAUGUGAGAAAUGGCAGCGUGCCUAUACUUUUCAAAGGGACGCGCUAUUUCGUUCAUCCUUUCGAGCCUCUUUACAUCUUCGAUAUCAUAAUCUUUGUACCUGUGACAUUGGUAGAACCAUGGCUAGUCUUUGUUCAAUGUCGGCAGAGAGCUCAUCAUCACUUGGAAAACACGAAUUAUGUCUGAACACUGAACCCACCGGGACACGUAAAAUACACUAUCAAGCUGGGGAGGAAUGGGAUUUCGACUUGGAAAGCCACCGCCCUAUAGACUUGUCGCUCAACCUGCCACAUUAUCGCGCACGACUCCAACCAAUAGACCACCGACUGAGUAUGUCCAUCAGCGGGGGCAACGCACCAAUAAAACUCAAAGUGUGCCGCACAGUCCCUCGGGCGCGGUUUUAUCUUGAAGUACAUGCAUCUUAUUCCAACGUGACCAUCUGGGUUCCGUCUGACUUCAAUGGACACAUCCGCCAUACCGGCAAAGCUUCGUUCUCUGCGGGAUUCGUGAACCGGAUGCUUGGAAACGUACAUCUGAAUGAGGAGAUGUAUGAGGAGUGGGGUGGGGAUGAAAUAGUGGUGGGAACGGCGGGAACGGUCACUUUCCGUAUGUGGGACACACAUACGGGUGCGCCAGAGAAUGCGAAGAAGGAGACAUGGAAGCGGAUGUUCGGGUGUACAAAGAAGGCACCAGAGACGGCUAUCAACUGGGAUUUUUUAUUGGAUGAUUGAGAGGCGAGCAUUUGCAUUUCGCCUGAUACCCUUUCUUCGAUUUAGGAUUUCGCGUUUUCAACUUCGUUCUUGGACACGCAUUACUGUUUCCUUUCUCUCGUCUGGAUCCAUUGUAGCACAUCAGCAAAUCUGUAGCGUUAUACCAUCAUAAUCAUCUGUAGCAACAGUUUUCAUUUUCAUGUUAUCUUUGUCAUUGCAUGACUUUUUAUUUUCUCCCAUGGACGGGACGACAGAUCAUGUAAGCCAUCCACUGACACUACGACAGCUAAAAGAUAUCUGAAUAGAUGAUGGAUACAGUGAAUGUUUAAAUAAGCUUGACCUAAGGAUACAUGUACGGGAACAUGGAGGAUGAAAA